AGGAGGAGCGUGGUGGAGUCGCGCGACGCCGGCGACGGCGAGCGCUGCGGUUCUUCGGCUCCCCGAUCCGAUGGUGGUGAAAGGAGCGUAUGACUGAGGCGAUGAUGGAUUUCACUGUACGCGCAACUUGCCGGAAUUAAAGACGGAAAGACAGACACAGGGGGACCCCUGGCCGACAGGUGGCGUCGCUCAUGGACCAGAACCGUUACAACAAAAGAACUUCUUGUUGUGGACAAAGAAAGAAGUCGCGAACCGCGAGUCUGAUCGGGCGCCGACAGGUACAGGUAGAUUUCCAAGAGAGCUUCAGAAUGACCUGUGCCAAGCUGCCCACGUGCAGGUAACCUGUCAAGUUGCGUCUCUCCUUCACUCCUCCUGCUGCCAGAGAGGAGAUGGUUCGUGCAGCUCUGCUGUGGGUGACGUGCAUCUGGAUGCAGAGUCUCGUGGCCUCUGGUCUGCUCACCUGUCCCACGACACCCCCUAAAGUUGUGGACUUCUCCGUAAAGUACAGCCUGCCCUACUUCGAGGCGCACGGUCCCAUACAGAACAUAGUGACCAACUUGUACUUCCAUGAGGUCUACGUGGCCUCCCAGAAUGUCAUCGAGGCGGUGAACAGCAGCCUAGCUAAGGUGUGGGAGCUGCGCACGGGGCCCGUUGGCAGCCCAAACUGCACAUUCUGCAGCUUGUGUGACGUGGAGAGGGAGAUCAGCUCGCUGGAGAACACUGACAAUGAGGUCUUGCUGCUCGACAACUUUUACAUGUAUUUGUACACGUGUGGCAGCUCCCAGCAUGGUGUGUGUUACUUCCACCAGCUCAUCCCCAAUGAAGUGCCUUCGUCUUCCAAGUGCAUGUUCCGAAGAGAGCACAACUCGCCGUCCUACUGUCCUGACUGCAUUGCCAGCCCGCUCGGCACCAAAGUCACUAUGGUGGAGGAGGGUCAGACGGUCUACUUCUUUGUGGCGGCUACUGUCAAUGACAGCAUUGCUCAGAAGUAUGGCAGGCAGUCCAUAUCAGUGCGUCGGCCGCUCGCCACAGAGGACGGCUUCUAUGCCGAUGUGCGGGGGCUCACGGUGCUGCCGGAGUUGCGCUCCUCCUACCACAUCCACUACAUCUACAGCUUCUUCACGCAGGAGUACGUGUACUUCCUGUCUGUGCAGCGCGAGAACCCGUUUCAGGCCGGCUCGCCCCUGCAGACGCGUCUCGGUCGGCUACCACGCAACGAGUGGGAGAUGUGGCGCUACCGUGAGGUGGUGCUCGAGUGCCGCUUCGAGCCCAAGCGGCGGCGUCGCCGGAGGAGUGACGAGGUCUUCCGGGACACGGUAUACAACGUGCUGCAGGCGGCACACUUUGGCAGGGCCGGCAGGGAGUUGGCCGACGAACUGGGCACCGAGGAGGAGGACGACAUCCUCUUCGGCGUGUUUGCUGUCACCAGUGAGUCCGGGGAGCCUAAGCAUGACUCGGCGCUUUGCGCGUUCCCCAUGGACAACGUGAACGUCGCCAUCGACAAAGGCGUGGACGCCUGCUGCACUUCUGGCCCGGAGCAGCUCUCCCGUGGGCUCUGCCACUUUCAGUCCUGCGAGAACUGCCCUCACGAGAGCAUGGAAAACAGCGCUACCUGCAGGGACCACCCCACCAUGGUGUCCAAGCCAUACUACAGAGUUGACCUCUUCAACAGACAGAUGCAGGAUGUCCUGCUCACUUCCUUGCUGGUGACCACCAUACAGGACAAGACCGUUGCACACAUUGGGACUUCGGAUGGACGGCUGCUGCAGCUUGUCUUGAGACGAUCCGGUCCCAUCGUAUUUGCUAAUUAUUCCCUGGUGGAAAACCAGAAAGUAUCCCCAAUCGCAUCAGUCUUCUCUGCAGAAUCUCUCCUGUUUGUGGUUGGGAACAAGAUGUUCCUGGUACCCCAGAGAGGUCCAGGCUGCCGCCACUUUCUGACAUGCAGCAUGUGUCUGAAGGCGCCCAAGUUCAUGGGCUGUGGGUGGUGCUCAGGACAGUGUACUUGGGAACCUGAAUGCCAGGCUGGCUGGAGGAAUGAGUCCUGUGCCCCUGUCAUCACUGAGUUCUUUCCAAAGACAGCUCCCCUAAAUGGCGAGACAGAGCUGACCCUCUGUGGAUGGGAGUUUCACUCCCCUCAGCGGCCCUCCAUCAGCUCCUCAACUCACCGUCUCAAAGUGGGGAAGAAUACAUGUGCCGUGCUGCCGGAGAAAAGCAACAACACACACCUGGUGUGUCGGAUUAGCUCCGGGAUGACUGUGUCCUUCAGGCCUGUCAGCAUUACUGUUACGGUGCAUGAGGGAAAGGCGGAGGGGCUGUAUUCCAUCAAUGGAGAAGCAACAAUAGGAGGAUUCACCUUUGUGCUGCCUGAAAUCCUGAUGAUUCAGCCAGACUAUGGACCACGCGAUGGGGGAACCCUCAUCAACGUGACUGGUACUCACCUGGAUGCUGGGAGGACUAGGAGAGUCACUCUGGAUGAUGAGGAUUGUCCAAUACAAAGUGUGUCGCUGUCCAAGGGCAAUAUGUCUUUGAUAGUCUGCCUCUCCAAAAGUGUGCCGGAGGUCAAAGAUGCAGUGCUCAGGGUGUAUAUUGAUGAUUCACCUGUACACACAACGAAGGAUUUCCACUACAAAGAGAUGCCAGAGAUCACAGAGGUGCUGCCGGACUGCAGCUUUGACAGAGGGUCCACAAUUACCAUCAGAGGCCAGAACCUGGAUUCUGUCUACAUGACCAAAAUCCACUUUACACCCAGAGGGAACAACCUGAACCGUGUGUCGAGGGACUGCGUUGGCACGGCAAGUGCAACCGAGAUGGUGUGUUGUACUCCUAAAUUCCCCCGUGAUGAGUCGCAGGAGGGAGAGAUCUCCUUUGACAUGGAUGGGGCUGUUGGCCUCUGGAAGCGCGGCUUCUCCUACCACCCAUAUGCAGAACCGAUUCCAUUUGAAAAUGAAGGCAACAUCCUGCGGCUCACCUCUGGCGAGGAUGAAGUCUCACUGCAUCACCAGAGACUGAACCUAGUCAGUUCCUGUAUGAAGAUCACCAUGACGGUGGGAGGGGUGGACUGCAAUGCCAUAGUGCUGGACAAUGAAAUCACCUGCAGGAUCCCUAAAAACCUGACCAUUCCCAACGAAGGCUUACCUGUGAAGGUUUUGGUCAACGGCAAGGUGAUGGAUAUGGGCCGGGUGGUCAUUGUCAGUAACCACUCUGUAGUGGGCAUUGUGCUGGGCAUCUUGUGUGCGCUGGUGGCUGGAGCUGUGCUGGCCUUCAUCAUUAUGAACCAUGUGAGGAGGAAGAAGAAGAAAGCAUCCAUGGCAGAGAACCACUUGUCUCAUUUCUCAAGCAGCCACCACCGAAGAAUGAGCCGUAAUGUGGACUCCUCUGCUGUGGGUGACUAUAGACAUGAGCUUUCCAGCACCAACAGUGGUGGUGCGACUGUCAUCCUUUCUGGCCCGGCCUAUGCCAGCAACAUGGACAGCCUGCUAAUGCCUCUCAUGCCUGCAGAGAAGAUCUCCAUCUCCAGCUUCCGUCCCAAGCUACUCGAGGAGGUGAAGGAUGUGCUAAUUCCUGCCGAGACGCUCAAUGUCCAGCACGACCAGAUCAUUGGGAAGGGUCACUUCGGAACGGUGUACCACGGGUAUCUUACGGAUCCAAACAAUCGUGAGAUUCACUGCGCAGUGAAAUCACUGAACAGGAUCACUGAUGUGGAGGAGGUGGAGCAGUUCCUCAAGGAAGGGAUCCUCAUGAAGGAGUUCCACCACACGAACGUGCUCUCCCUGCUGGGGAUCCUGCUGCCCCAGGAAGGGCUCCCCCUCGUGGUGCUUCCUUAUAUGAAGCAUGGAGACCUGCGUCACUUCAUCCGCUGUGAAAACAGGAAUCCAACAGUGAAGGAUCUCAUUGGCUUUGGCCUCCAAGUGGCCAAGGGGAUGGAGUAUUUGGCCCAGAAGAAGUUUGUGCACAGGGACCUGGCAGCUCGCAACUGCAUGCUUGAUGAGUCCUACACGGUGAAGGUGGCAGACUUCGGCAUGGCACGUGAUGUCUUUGACAAGGAGUACUACAGCAUCCAGGACCACAGGAAGGCCAAGCUGCCCGUCAAGUGGAUGGCCAUUGAGAGUCUGCAAACCCAGAAGUUCACCACCAAGUCGGAUGUGUGGUCCUUUGGGGUCCUGAUGUGGGAGAUGCUGACCCGAGGGGCCAGUCCUUACCCAGAGGUUGACCCCUACGACAUGACCCACUACUUGCUGAAGGGACGCAGGCUACCCCAGCCGCAGUACUGCCCCGACCUGCUAUAUGCCAUUAUGCUUCAGUGCUGGGACCCAGAGCCAGACACAAGGCCCACUUUCGCGUCGCUUGUCUCAGAAAUCCUGGACAUCCUGUCCAACCUGGAGGGGGAGCACUAUAUCAGCCUGAAGGUGACCUACGUGAACUUGGACCACCCGCUCCCGUACCCUGCGCUUACGGAGUCUACCGAUGAGUACGAGCCGUCCGACUGCGGCGAGUCUGACGGAGACGCUCUGUGAGGACAGCAGCGCUCCAUGACCUGCCAACAGAUGCCAGGUCAGCAGAGGGUUGCUGAGACCACCCACGAAGCAUGGCUUUCAUAAAGAGGUUUGAAGGAGAUCCCUGUCGGAGCAGACAAGUUGUAGUGAGUGUAGAUGACGGCCUUACCCACAGGAGAUGGAGACACAGAGACACGCGGGGUGUACGGUGGACUCUUGGACAGGACACAGCUGGCAGGUGGACAGGGCACUUCACUUUUACUGUCACUUUCAUUUCCACUUUCACUUUGCCUCGUUGUGUACAUGUCUAGACGCUUGCUUGCGCUUUGACGGAGAGAUUCCUACUAGGACAAAGAAGGUUGUUUCUCAGUAGAACCCAGAGCUUCACUCCUGGGCAGAGCACACUGGCAGCCGGGGCACUGAGCUGUACCAUCAGAUUGUGUAUCUAUGUAUACUUGAAUUAUUUUGAUUGUAUAUUUUGAAUCAUAAAUCUUAAAAUAGGGCAAACUUUUAUAUAUAAAAACUUA